AUGAAGCUUGCAGUCCUUACUUCGGGAGGCGACAGCGCUGGCAUGAACGCUGUCGUCCGUGCCAUCGUCAAGAUCGGCAUCUUGAGAGGCUGCGAAACAUGGAUCGUACGGGAAGGAUAUGAGGGGCUUGUGAGGGGCAACACACAGGCACAUGCAAUCCAUGCAGACCUUCCAGCUGAUGCAUCUGCAUUAAAAUGUGCUCAUCGAGGAGUACCCACUAAUCUCACGCAGAACCUCCGUUUUGGAGAUGGCGACCUUCUACGAGAUGGAACGGGUGAUCAUCACCAUGGUCGCACAUUGAAAGGUCGAUAUAUCGUUCGUGUGGGGUGGGAUGAUGUCAGAGGCUGGUUUGCUGAGGGUGGUACUCUCAUCGGGACAGCUCGAUCGGCAGCCUUCCGUACUCCAGAAGGUCGUCUGUCUGCCGCUCACAACCUAAUCAAAGAGGGAAUUGACGCUCUUGCCGUCUGUGGAGGUGACGGUUCCCUAACCGGUGCCGACCUAUUUCGCUCCGAAUGGCCUUCCCUCGUGUCACAACUGCUCACUCAGGGUAUGAUCACAGAAGAGCAGGCAGAGAAGCACGGACAUCUCAAGAUCGUUGGCCUUGUUGGCUCGAUUGACAAUGACAUGAGCAUGACAGACCUGACUAUCGGUGCACCGACAGCAUUACACCGUAUCUGCGAAGCUAUCGAUAACAUUAAUUCAACUGCUGCGAGUCAUUCGCGUGCAUUUGUACUGGAGGUGAUGGGGAGACACUGUGGCUGGCUCGCUUUACUUGCCGGCGUUAGUUCUGGAGCAGACUUUAUCUUUAUCCCUGAACGCCCGCCCCAAACUAUCCCUGGGGGAACCUGGGAGGAUGACUUGUGCGAAGCCAUUCGUGGCCACAGGGAAGCUGGCAAGCGUAAAACAAUCGUCAUUGUCGCCGAGGGUGCACACGAUGCGGAUCUUCAGCCUAUUCGCGCAGAAUACGUCAGAGAUGUCCUUACUGAACGUCUUGGGCUCGAUACGCGUGUUACAACGCUUGGACACACCCAGCGUGGUGGCAGGCCUUGCGCUUUCGAUCGGAUUUUGCCGACACUACAAGGCGAGGAGGCCGUCAAGGCACUCUUAGAGGCUACACCCGACACUCCUUCGUACAUGAUUGGUGUAAGGGAGAACAAAAUAAUCCGUGUGCCACUCAUGGAGGCUGUCGCGAUGACCCGUGCGGUAGCUGAUGCAAUCGGCGCGAAGGACUUUGCAAAAGCAAUGUCCAUGCGUGACCCCGAGUUUUUUCAGAGCUUGGAGGGCUUCUUUGCCACCUCGACGCUAUUCAAAGAGAAGCAACUGCCCCAUUACAGAAGAAUGCGUGUUGCAAUUAUGCACAUGGGUGCCCCUGCUGGUGGCAUGAAUGCGGCCACCCGAGCUGCAGUACGUUACUGUGUCAAGCAAGGUCAUCACGCACUUGCAGUGCACAACGGCUUCCGCGGCCUGCUUGAUGACAACAUCCACGAGCUUUCCUGGCUCGGUGUCGAUGCCUGGACCUCCCGUGGCGGUUCUGAGCUCGGUACAAACCGUACCCUCCCAGAUGUUGACCUCGGCGCAGUGGCUGCACGUUUCCAAGAGCAUAACUUCCACGCACUUCUGAUGAUCGGCGGUUUUGAGGCAUUCAAUGCGCUGCUGAUCCUUGAGACCGGCCGGAAGCACUACCCUGCAUUCCAUAUCCCAAUGGCUCAUCUCCCAGCUACGAUAUCUAAUAACGUGCCAAUGACGGAGUUCAGCUUGGGUAGCGACACAAGUUUGAAUGCGCUUGUUGACGCAUGCGACUCGAUCAAGCAGAGUGCGAGUGCAAGUAGGAAUCGGGUGUUUGUGGUUGAGACGCAAGGAGGCAAGUGUGGUUACCUUGCCACCAUGGGCGCAUUGGCAACUGGUGCCAGUAUUGUCUACACUCCAGAGCAGGGCAUGAACCUCGAUACCCUUCGCCAGGACGUCAAAUUCCUGAAGAUUCGCUAUGGGCUAGACGCCAAGGGCAAGAGUGAAGGUCGUAUGGUCAUUCGCAAUGAGUGCGCGUCGACAGUCUACACCACUGAUGUUGUGACGAAGAUGUUCAAGGAAGAAGGUGGUAACCUCUUCGAUUCGCGUUCCGCCUCCCUUGGACACACCUUGCAGGGCGGAGUCCCGUCACCUAUGGAUCGCGCACGUGCUGCGCGUCUAUCUCUGCGAUGCAUGGCAUUCCUUGAAGACCAUCAUGAUGCCCUGCUGAAACAAGUUGGCAAAGUGAAGCAGGCGCCACCUGAAAGCGCUGCGGUUAUCACGAUACAAGGGUCCACUCUUGAAUGGGUGCCGGUCCAGGAGAUGGUGCAACACGCAGAUAUGAAGAACCGCAGAGGCAAAACAGCUUGGUGGGCGGAGAUUAAGGACCUUGUGGAGGCACUGGUUGGACGGCCUGAAAUUUUAUGA